AUGCAGAUGCUUCAAGAACAUAAUCGAACUCUAAUGGGGGAGAGAUUAUCAAACUUAGGUGUCAAUGACUUGUGUUUAUUGGAAAAUCAACUGGAGCAGAGCUUACGUUGUAUGAGAGAGAAGAAGGGAUAUAUAUUCCAUCAACAGAAUAUUCAACUCUCCGAGGAAAUAAAGCUUAUCCAUGAACGGAACUUGGAACUAAAGAACAAGCUUUAUGGUGCAACAUGUUACCCUCCAACGCAGAGUAUAUAUGAAAAGUAUUAA